AUGCCGCAGCCGCUGACGUCACGGGGCUCAGCCAAUGGGCGUGGGCUGUGGCGGGGUGGGGCGGGGGCGGCCCCGGUGGGGACCGGGGCUGCUCCGGGGGGUCCCGGUGCCCCCCGCUCUCCUCAUGCAGGGCAUGGGGAGCCUCCGGCUGGGCAGCCGUGCCGUCAUGUACACGGCGGAGACCCUCCCCAAGGGCAAGAACCGCGUCAUGGGGACCAUCCAGAUUAUGACGGGAUUCAUGCACAUCGGCUUCGGGAUCGUCCUGACCACGCUCACUAAUGUCUACACCUCCGUCUUCGUCAUCGGAGAGAUCCCCUUCCUGGGCGGCGUGUCGUUCAUCAUCUCCGGGUGCCUCUCCAUCGGCGCCGAGAAGAGCCCCACGGAAUGUGCGGUGAAGGGCAGCCAGACCAUGAACGUUAUCAGUGCCAUCUUUGCACUCCUGGGAAUCGUGGCCUUCAUCGUGGACCUCAACCUCAACGGGCUCUACCGCUCCAGCUACUACAGCGAUCUCGUCCUGCUCGCAGGGAAUGGGAUUUCCAUCGUGCUGCUCACCUUCACCAUCCUGGAAUUCUGCAUCGCCGUGGCCACUGCCAAUUUCUGGUGCCGGGCCACCCGCCUCAGCUCCAACGAGGCCAUGCUGAUUGUCCCCAGUGCCACCCGUGUGGAUCUGGCCGUGCCACCGGCGGAGCUGCCUCAGCCUCCCAGCUACAGCGAGCUGGCUGCUCCCGAAGUCUGA